AUAUUUCUUACUUUAGAAUCUUUGGAAAAUUAUGCGUUUUUACAGCAAGUGGUUACGUGUUCCAUACUCUAAAUGUGAAUUAAUAUAUCUGCAAAAAAAUUUAAUAAUUUAAUUUAUGUCAUAACCGUAAAAGAAAAGAUAAACAAAAACAGAAAAAUGCAUGACUUUCUUGUUCCUGUUUCCAGCCAUCACACAUAAAAAUUUAGACUUUUAUUAUAACUUUAUAUUUUGUGACAUGACAGGUGUUUCUCUGCUUCUAACGAAAAACUACUUUGAAUAAAAGUGGUAAACAACAUGGAAUUCAUUGAUUCAAAAUUAUCAACAAUAUCUAACUCUGCUGAGUACAUAAGCUUUAGAAGCAGAGUUCCUCAGAAAAAAAUUAUUGUUGAUGAAGAUUCCAAUAAAGUAUGGACAAUAUAUGAUUUUGGCCCACGUAGUAUUACUUGUCCUCUAAUAUGUUUACCUCCAGUAAGUGGUACAGCAGAUAUAUUUUUCAACCAGAUAAUAUCAUUGUGUGCUAAAGGAUACAGAGUGAUUGCGGUGCAGUAUCCUGUUUACUGGACUAUGAAUGAAUUUACAAAUGGAUUUAGCAAACUACUUGAUCAUCUUGGAUUGGACAAAGUUCAUUUGUUUGGUGCUUCUCUUGGAGGUUUCUUAGCACAAAAAUUUGCAGAAGCUACUUUCCACACUCACACAGUUCACUCAAUUAUUCUUUGCAAUAGUUUUACUGACACAUCUAUUUUUAACUUCACUGAUACAGCAGUUGUAUUUUGGAUGUUUCCGGCUGUUGUUCUUAAAAGAAUGGUUAUGGGUAAUUUCUCUAAAGGAUAUGUGGAUGCCUCCAUUGCAGAUUCUAUAGAUUUUAUGGUUGAAAAGCUUGAAACCUUAUCUCAACAAGAGCUUGCAUCUCGUUUAACCCUCACUUGUAUGAAUUGCUAUGUGGAGCCUCAAAAACUACGAAGCAUUCCAAUCACAAUAGUUGAUGUUUUUGAUGACAGUGCAUUGAGCAUUGCAGCACGUGAAGAAAUGUACAAAUUUUAUCCUGAUGCUAAACGAGCUCAUUUGAAGAAAGGAGGAAACUUUCCUUACUUAAGUUGUAGUGAAGAAGUGAAUCUACAUAUUCAAAUUCAUCUUCGUCCAUUUGAAGGUACAAAAGUAUCAGCUUGUGAAGGAGCGUCUGUUUGUAAUGAGGCUAUUGAUAGUCUGGAAGAUUUGUAAGAUUCUUAAAUAUUGCUUUCAACACAAUUUUAAAAUGUUAUGACCUUAAGAGUAUUGCACAAAUUCUAAUUGUUAUAUCUUGCGUAAUUUUUUAACUGUGAUAUGUCACGACAGUUUUGUAAUAAAUAUUUUUUGUAGAAA